CAGAGAGGGCUGCGAUGGAUGAAGAGUCCUACCGAUUCGUCGAAGGUGUCUGCAUCCACAACUUUUUCCAGGAGGAUGGCAUACGUUCAGCAGUCAAGUACAAACCUCGAGCCGGAGACAUCUUUGUGGUUACAUACCCGAAAUGCGGCACAAACUGGAUGCAGUUUAUCGUGUACAACAUUUUGACCCGCGCCGAGCCUAUCUCUAACCUGGGCGAAUUCAGACUCAAGAGUCCCUUCAUCGAGCUCCUUGGAGCAGCGGCUGCGGAAAACCCUUCCAGAAAUGGCCCCAUCAAGACGCACCUACCGUUCAACGUUUUCCGUCCAGUGGAGCGUGCCAAGUACAUCUAUGUGGCGAGGAAUCCUUACGACUGUGCUGUGUCCUACUACCACUUCAUCAAGGGGUUCACACCAAAAACUGUCACGGAUGUUUCCUUCGAGAAGUUCCUCAGCCUCUACUUGGCGGGAAAGGUCAUCUACGGCGACUACUUCAAUCAUCUUCUACCGUUGUACGAGCUUCGCAAGGCUGUGAAUGUCCACUCUUCACAUACGAACGACUGAAGACAGACACCAGAGAGGAAGUGCUCAAGAUUGUCGAGUUUCUCGGCAAAGAACACGAAAAUGCGCUACGCAAUGACGAGGCCCUUCUUCAAAGAGUCCUGAACGCUUGCAGCUUUCACAUCAUGAAGGCCAUGUUCAGCGAAAAACCAAUGGAUAGGGCAAAAUAUCUUCUCAAAGCUGCACCAGAGAAAUUCUACGAAGCUCUGGCGAUGGCAAAUAUUAUGGUGGAAAAAAAGGUCCAGAUGCAUGAGGGUUCCGGCUUUGUUCGCAAAGGAAUCGUUGGAGACUGGAGAAACUACUUCACUGCGGAACAAAUACUGCGAACGAAAGAAUGGAUCGCGAGCAAGACACACGGGAGCGACGUCAUGGACCUCUGGAAGAACUGCGAACUUCCGUAGGGAUGUGUGGCUCGUUAGUCAUCGUGAAAAUGCUCAGGAUAAAUGCACAUCUCUCGGUGUCGCUCUUCUUCAAAAAAGGCAAAAUACUAGAUCGCGU